AUGGCUGCGCUUCCCAAGAGAAUUCUUAAAGAGACCGAACGAUUAGUAAGCGACCCUGUGCCAGGUAUCACUGCUACUCCAUCUGAGGACAAUCUCCGUUAUUUUGAAGUUACAAUCGAUGGCCCUAGUCAAUCACCCUAUGCAGAUGGUGUAUUCCAAUUAGAGCUCUAUUUGCCUGAUGAUUACCCAAUGUGUGCACCAAAAGUGCGGUUUUUGACCAAGAUUUACCAUCCAAAUAUAGAUAAGUUGGGACGUAUUUGUCUUGAUGUUCUUAAGGAUAAUUGGUCGCCCGCAUUACAGAUUAGAACUAUAUUGUUGAGUAUACAAGCUCUCUUGGGUGCACCCAACCCAGAUGAUCCUUUGGCGAAUGACGUAGCAGAAGACUGGAAGAAGGAUGAAAAGAAGGCAGUCGAGGUUGCUAGAGAAUGGACUCAGAAAUAUGCUACAAAGAAGGAAUAG